AAAAAAAAAAAAAUGAAAAAAAUGAUAAGAACAUUUAUAUAUUCCUCAUUUCCUCUUAAAUCUCUCUGUGUCUCAGACUGUUUGUCUAGAGAGGACAAGUAGAUUCGCUUUCCCAGCAUCCAAUAAUUGUCAUAUAAUUUUCUCGAGAAAUAAGAUUCUUUAGUUUUGUUUCCCAAGAAAAUAUAAUCUUGAUUUCAUCUCUCUGCUAUUAUUUAUCUGUUCCCAGAGCUUGUUUUUUCUGCUUUUAGAGGAACAAGAUCAAUCAAGAUCUGAGCUUAAUGGAACCAAGAAUGGAAGGAGAUGUGUUUUCCGGGUAUGGAGAGAGAUAUCAGAUGGAUGGCAAAGUGUUGCAGAAUUUGCAGAAUAGAUUUGUUCAGGUUCAAUACAUUUUGGAUCAGAACAGGCUUUUGAUCAACGAGAUCAAUCAGAACCAUGAGUCUAAACAAGUAGAUCAUUUGGGAAGAAACGUUGGUUUGAUAAGAGAGCUCAAUAACAAUAUCAGAACUGUGGCAAGUCUUUAUGGUGAUCUUUCUCAUUCUUUCGUUAGAUCGGUUGAUGCUUCAUCAGAAGGUGAAUCUACUGGGACCUUUAAAUCUGAUGGGAAGGCCAACAACCAAAAGAGAUUUAGAUCCGGGUGAUGUUCUGUAGAGUCAGUGCUAAUUUGAGUGUAGAUGUAAGGAAUGACUUGUUGUUGAACAAAAAAAAAGACAUUAAUAUUUGUGUGUACUGCUUGAGGAUUUUCAACAACUUCACUUCUGUUGAAAUGAGUUUCUGUCUUUAAUUCUGAGAAUAAAAAGGAAGUUCAACUUUAUUAAUCAGACUGAUGAUGUGUAUUUGGUUCUAUAUUUGAGUUGUACCUUUUGUUAUUGUUGUUGUUACAGUAACUAAAAGAUUAGAAAUGUUCAUAGUGACCUUGGAUUUAAGC